AUGAUUACCAACUUUCUCAGAUCACUGCGGCUCGAAGCCGAAUCCUCACAACAGCGGGUCGAGCAGAUUGAAGUCUGGAAAGACGAAGAAGAAGAAGAAGCAGCAGCAGCAGCAGAAAUUAGCAGUGUAUACUUUGAUACCCCAUCAUCACCAUCCUCCAGAAGACCGUUAGAAGAGGAAGAAGGAAUGGUGGAGGUUGAAUUGAAUGAAGAUGCUAUCAUCCUGGCCCAGCAGCCAGAUCCCCCGGCUGAUCCAGUGGCUCCAAUGAUUGUGGUGGAACAGGAAGAAGACUUGCAAGCAAAAGACGAAGAUCAGGUUCCUGAAGCACCAGGCUUGGGUUGUGGUAUUCUUGGUCGCUAUCCCGUGACUUUUGUAUUGAUCUUUGCGGCCGUGGGCAUUGCAGCUGGAGUGGGUCUGAGCUUUUGGGAUCCCAGCAAUGCAGAUAUCAAAGACAAUGUCCUGCAAUGGGUGGGAUUGAUUGGGGACUUGUUCCUUAGGGCGUUACAAGCCGUGGUCCUUCCUCUGGUCUUUGUCAAUGUCAUUUUGGCGGUGGUGGAUAUGAUGUCUCAGGGUCAAGCAGGUGUGAUUGGUGGCAAAAUGGUAGGCUUCUAUAUCCUGACUACCAUUUUGGCUUGCUUUGUGGCUGCUACCUAUAUCUUUAGCUUUCAAAGACUCUACCGGCAAGGUAGUUUUGAUGAAGAAGCAGUUGCUGGACCAGCAUCUGUGCAGCUGGGAUGUGGGGAUCAAGGAACAGUACUGACGCACAAUCCGGAUGGAUCUGUGGAAUGCUCCAGACUCGCAUCUAAUAACUCGACGAGUUCUACAUUUCUGAUUGAAGAUAUUAAAGCCAACAGCCCCAUGGAGGAGAUUGACCUUUCAGAUACCAUCUACGAGGACGUCUUUCAACGGCUUGUCACCAACAACAUCGUUGGUUCCUUCAUUGACGCAAACUUUGCUGCUAUUGUCGUCUUUGCAAUUGUCUUUGGCGUUGCCCUUGCCAAGACUGUGGUUUUGCCAAUGCGCCAACGCCAGCAAACACCGACAGUUGUUCAGUUCUUGAAAGAAAUUGACAAAGUCUUCUCCCUCCUCAUCAUGUGGGUGCUCAGCGUCACCCCCUUUGCCAUUCUCUCCCUGAUGGCCAGCACGAUUGGUAACCAGGAGGACCUCCUCGAAGCAUUUCAGAACGUGGCUCUGCUCAUCCUCACAGUGUGCCUCGCCAUGGCCACACAUGUCGUGGUGACCUAUGGAGGUCUCUUGGCGCUCAUCACUCGAUCCAACCCCUUCUCCUAUAUGCGUCACCUCAUCCCGGCCCAAACUACUGUCUUUGCUUGUGCCAGCAGCGUCGCUACCAUUCCUGUCACUCUUCACUCUGUCCAGAACACCCACAAAGUGCCCCAAUCAGUCUCUCGCUUCAUUAUUCCCAUGGGGGCUAGUUGCAACAUGGAUGGAGGUGCCAUUUACUUUCCUAUCGCAGCAAUCUGGCUUGCCGUUCUCAAUGGACUAGAACCGACAGUGAGCGAUUACAUUUUGCUGGUCAUCCUGUCCACCAUUGGGAGUGCCGGUACCGCUUCGGUUCCAGCCGCCAGUUUGGUCUUGAUUAUCUCGGCUUACAACACCGUCUUUGGCACCACUGGGCUGCCCUACGGAUUCUCCUUCAUCCUGGCCAUGGAUUGGUUCUUGGAUCGGGUACGAGCGACCGUGAACGUGACGGGCGAUGCUGUCAUUUGUCGAUUGGUGUCCCACACAGCGGGUCUUUCUAUGGAUGAGUCCUCCUCCAAAAACUCGACUACCGGCCUUGCAUCCGAAGAUGACGCCGUUUAG